AUGUCUGAACCGUUAUCUUCCCCAAGAUAUGAAGUUAUUGAAACACCGAAAAAUAAUAACUUUGAUAUCAUCAUUGAAACUUCUGAAAUUGGUAUUAAAGUGAAUGGUGGAACUAAAAAAUCACAACGAAAUGCGAAACCGAAUCAAAAGAUCGUGCGUCUUACUUAUGUUCCGUUCCCUCCAAGAUUAACUGUAAAGGAUAUAAUAGAACCCAGAAAUUUAACUUGUGAUAAAAGGAAAGUACCGAAUAAAUUCUUUAUAUACAGAAAAUGGUACACCAUGUGUUUGGAGAGAGAAGAACAGAAAAAUGAUCAAACGUCAAUUUCUCCUUAUAUUUCUGAACAAUGGAGAAAUGAACCUCAAGAAGUUAAGGAUUAUUAUGCUGCCUUGUCUAAAAGUGCGUGUAAAUUGUUCAAAAUAAGAUACGGAAAAGAAGGAUUUAAAGCCAAUACUCCAAAAAAACCACGAAACGAAAACACCGAAGACACAAAUAAAAAUGAUAAAUCACGAAGAAAAAAAUUAACUGCAGUAAAACCUAAUAUUAAGAAAGAAAAUCUUGAUUCAACUGGUGUGUUUGAACCUCUACAUCAACAGCAACUACAUCAACAACAGCCACAUCAACAACCUCAACCAUAUCAACCUCAACCACAUCAACAACCUCAACCAUAUCAAUUUCAACCACAUCAACCACAUCAACCACAUUUAUCAGCUUAUGGAUUUUCUGAUGUUCAUGCUCAGCCUUUACGAUUGGAAGAUAUGUGGCUUGGGCAACAAUAUUUGCAACAACCUUUAAUUGUCUAUUCAUUUUCUGAAUCUUCAUCUCCUAGAUAUCAAACAUCAGAACAGUCAUUUGAUAUGGAGAUAGAUGAUUUUCCGGAAUCUCCGGAAUUUCCGGAACUUCUUGAUGCUACCACUGUGUUUGAAGGGCAAGCAAAUGAUGGUUUGUCUGAGUUUAGUUUGUUUGAUGAAGGGCAAGUAAUUGGAUAUAAUUAA